CGCGACUACCGUCACAAGAUCUACAACGAGAAUUUUGAUGGUUUUACUGGCCAUUGGUGAUACAUCUGUCAUUUUGACAGCAGUGACGCGUUACUGGACACGCCUGGUUUUUGACACAGAUAUUCGUCAUUUACAUUGGCUAUGGUGCAAAGUUCACUUUUUUUUGGUGGCUUUUGCUUCCGACUACGCUCAAGGAAUGCUGUGUUCUGUGGCUGUUGAGCGCUUCCUUUUAGUCGCUUUUCCACAACGUGCAAGCCAACUAGUGACAAAUUUUACAGAUGAUAAGGAUUAUGCCUCUCUUACCUAUCAAAGUAAACUUAAUAAAACGAAUUCUGCUACAAACUAUUCACCUUCCCAUCAAAAUAGCCGGCACAGUGAUACUACCGCUUGUGGAUGCGCCUCGGGUGAGCAUUUGCAUGAUAAACCAAAAGUGAAACAGUCCUCGCAUACAAUUGCAGAUAGGCAUUUUGAGCGAUCACCAGCCAGCAAACAUGAAGUAACAAAACGAAAUCCUGAGAAUUUGAUAAAAAUCCUCACUGUUCUGACUGUAGUGCAUGUAAUAACAACAAUGCCUGGGACGACGAUUAAUAAUAAUAAAUCUGAAAGCGCUUGUAAUAUAAAAAAUCUAGAAAGCUUUGAGCAAAUCGAUAUAAUACAAUUUGCUUUUGGGUAA